AUGGCUGAAGGCACAUCCAUAUCCGCGACCCCGGCCGACGAAACACACGAGACAAACCCCCCUGCUUUCCACGCCAUUCGUCUGAAUGACGUCUCAGGCCUUGCAGGUCGGCCUACGCCUAUGCCACGGAAACUCUUCCUUAAGCGGCGAUCCGAGCUCUUCAACGGGGCUGGCGCUAAUAGGCUAUCGGGAGGUGAGGGGGAAGAGGAUGAUGACGAUGACGACGAUGAGGACGAGGAUGAUGAUGUUGAAGAUAUAUACCCUAAUGGCAGUUCCACCUACGGCACCGACGAGGAUGAUUUCGUAGCUGUUAACCAUUCGGAUGCCUCGGAUCAUCCUUGGUAUAUGCGGUCCCGGGUACCAGCAAGAAACUCGGAGCUAGCUAAACUCCACCCAUACGUGCAGCUGCUCUCCGUCUCGAACCUUGACGACUGUGAAAAGGUCGAACUGGCGUUCCCUGAGUCUGAAAGGUGUUCAAGAGAAAACUUGACUUACCGCCUCUCGAAAUGCCCUGAGCUCUCUCUUGGAAUCUUCUCCAUCCCACCGGCUACUGCAGACAAUGAGAAACCAAGGCCCGUGGUCAUUGCUCACCUUCUUGCAACGAGAACAACAUCGCCCGUGAUUACAAAUGCGACGAUGGGGGUUCCUAAGGACUGGAGAACUAAAAAGUCUACUCUACCAAGCCCAGGCGAAGAGGAGCCUGUCGGCCACCAAGACCAGGGAUCUACCAUAGCCAUCCACUCCCUCGCCGUCCUCCCUGAACACCAGGACAAGGGUCUCGGCAAAAUGCUGAUAAAGUCAUAUAUCCAACGCAUCCAGGAUGCGAAAAUUGCUGAUCGACUUGUCCUGCUUUCCCAUGACCAUCUUAUUCCGUUUUACACUGGUCUUGGAUUUGAGAACGUUGGACGCAGCAAAUGCACUUUUGGUGGCGGUGGCUGGAACGACAUGGUCCUUGAUCUCAGCAAGGCCCCCAACUAA